UGAGUCACUGCAUGUGUCUGAGAGGCAGUCAGAAACAGAGCAGAGCAAGGGAGCAGAGGUGAUCUCACACUCAUCAGCACAGGAUAACACAGCCAUGAUGGGUUGACUUGGGGGGAGGCGGUUGGAGAGAGGAAGUGUGCAUUCGCCACCACUUGCUCAGCUAUGGAGACCAACAAAGUUCUUCAUUUCGUGCCUUCGGAGGCGCCUCCCUCUGGGAUGUCCAAGAAUGGAUACUUCUUUCAAGAAAUGGAGCAGCGGGAGGCGGAGCAGGAGGAGGGCAGCGAGGGCCGAGAGGAGGGACAGGACUCGCCGAUCGCCUGCGGAGAUGACAUCCACCUCUAUGACAACCAGAUCAGCCCUGGGCCAGAUACUGAUGACUCUGGUUGUGUGUUACUGAACACAUCAAGAAGGUAUGUGAAGCUGAUGAACUUUGAGGAGGAGGUUCGGGCACACCGGGACCUGGAUGGCUUCUUGGCGAGGGCCAGUAUCCUACUGGAUGAGACGGCUGCCUCUCUGGAUGACGUUUUGAAGAGAAUGUUGCACCAUGUGGGUCAGGACAGCCAUGUAUCCGAGCCCAGCUGCAACUUCGAGGAGGUGAUGAGCAUGCUUUUCACAGAUGCAGGCGCUCAGGAGGUCAACGACAAGUCUCAAAGUUUCGUUUUCUUUGAUGACGUUCACCUGCUGUCAGAGACGAUCCAGGGGGUAACAGCCACCGCCACCGGGGUCCAGUACCAACAGUCCUGGCUCUGCAUCCUCUGCAAUGUGAAGCAUCUCCAGAGGCGUCACGUGUGCAUCUCCCGCCUGGAGAGGCCGCAAAACUGGGGAGAAAACUGCUGCGAGGUCCGCUAUGUCAUCCUGAUACUGGCCCCACUCAAAAUGAAAAGCACCAAGACAGCAAUGGAGCUGGGCAGGACGUUUGCCACCCUCUUCUCUGACAUCUCCUUCAGGCAGAAGCUGCUGGAGACGAAGACGCAGGAGGAGUUUAAGGAGGCGCUGGUGUUCCAGAGGCACCAGCUGACAGCGACCAACCAGCAGCCCACCGCUCUGGGGAAGGAGGAGACCGACCCCCGCAGUCACAAGCCCCUCAAGUGUAAAGAUUUCUUCAAAGCCGGCAGGGGGAUUUAUGAGGACUUGUGCCGCAGACUGCCUUUCUACCCCUCUGACUUCACAGAUGGUAUAGUUGGCAGUAAUAAAACCCUGCUGAAGUACAUGACCACAGCCAUCUUCCUCUACAUUGCCAUCCUCCUCCCUGCCAUCGCUUUUGGAUCCCUCAAUGAUGAGAGCACACGUGGCGAGAUUGAUGUUCGGAAGACCAUCAUCGGCCAGAGCAUCGGUGGGGUCAUCUACUCGUUGUUUGCUGGCUCUCCCUUAGUCAUCCCUCUAACCACAGCUCCCCUCGCCAUCUUCAUCAGCGUGAUCCGAGGAAUUUGUGACGACUACAACCUGGACUUCCCCGCUUUCUACGCCUGCAUCGGCCUGUGGAACUGCCUCUUCCUCAUCCUGGGAGGCAUCUUCAAUGUCAGCCUGCUCAUGAAGCUCUUCAAAAGGUCGACAGAGGAGGUCAUUGCUCUGUUCAUUUCCAUUGCAUUUGUGGUCGACGCAGUGAAAGGCACAGUGAAAAUCUUUCACAGAUACUACCAUGCCCCGACGCUGGCCAACAGAAGCAUAGAGGACUUCCCUCAGGGCGGAGACCUGUUGGGAGGAAACAGGAGUGAAGUGGCAGCGGGGUUAGCACUGAACGCUCUCCCUGAAUCCUUCAUCCAGUGCACUCGAGAGAGACCUGUCCUCUGCCUCCUGCUGAUGCUCGGGACAUUAUGGAUGGGCUACACCCUCUACCAGUUCAAAAGGAGUCCGUUCCUGCAUGCCAAAGUGAGGGAGGUGCUGUCGGACUGCGCCCUGCCGAUCUCAGUGCUCAUGUUCUCCUUCAUCGGCUCCUACCUUUUCAGUGACAUUGAGCUUCCAGUCUUUAAAGUUCAUGACCGGCCCAUCUUCAACGUGGCUCCAUUUGAGCGGCUGUCGGCCAUGAACGUUGUCAGCGCCAUGGGCCUUGGCUUCCUCCUGGCCCUCCUCAUCUUUAUCGACCAGAACAUCGUUGUCUCGCUGACCAACGCACCGGAGAACAGGUUGCUGAAGGGCACGGCGUAUCACUGGGACCUGAUGCUCUCCGGGCUCAUUAACAUACUGAUGUCGGUGCUGGGGUUGCCCUGGAUGCACGCCGCCUUCCCCCACUCCACCCUCCAUGUGCGCCAGCUGGCUUUCGUGGAGCAGCGCGUUGAGGGGGGGCACCUCUACGAGACUAUCGUCCAGGUGAAGGAGACCCGGCUGACGUCUCUGGCUGCCAACAUCUUCAUCGGCGUGUCGGUGCUGCUGCUGCCCGUCCCUCUGCAGUGGAUCCCCAAACCCGUCCUGUACGGCCUCUUCCUCUACAUCGCCCUCACCUCCAUCGACGGAAACCAGAUGUGCGACCGCAUGGCUCUCCUCCUCAAGGAGCAGACGUCUUACCCGCCCACCCACUACAUCCGCAAAGUGCCCCAGAGGAAGAUCCACUACUUCACCUUCCUGCAGAUGAUGCAGCUGCUGGUGCUGUGCACGUUUGGCAUGUACCCGAUACCGUACAUGAAGAUGAUCUUCCCUCUGCUCAUGAUCCUGCUAAUCCCAAUCAGGAACAACGUGCUUCCUCAUAUCAUUGAGGCUAAAUACUUGGACAUAAUGGAUGCCCAACACAUGUAGCUACAGAUGGAGACAAGCUCUGGAACCACAGAAAGACGUCUGGAAUUUUAAAAAAAGAAAAAAAGAAAUGAGGAUUUAAAAAAACAACAUAUUUUUCAAUGCAAAACUGUAUGGAAGCAAAAAGGAAAAAUACCGACUGUUUUGAUUUUUGUAUCUGAUAAGAACAUUCUUACAGGUGAAGCACUGGAAAUGUUAUGUAAGGGAGAGAGAUGAGAGCCUGUGGGAAAUAUUUUUUUCCAAUCGUGGACAGACAGCAUCUCUCUGGGGAAAAGUUCUGCUGAAAAAAAAAAAAAAAACAGGACUGUCCAGAACUCCCUGUUUCACCUCCGUUUGACCCUGUCAGAUUGUUCAGUGCCAUAUACCUCCAUGUUCUCCUCUCACACCUUUAGUUUGUAAGAUAACACUUUACAGUAUCCUCACUGCAGUGUAUGCAUCUGUGUUUUAACCUGUGGGUGAGUGUUUAAAGUACUUACUAAUAACGUGUAAGUAAUAAAACUCUGCCGGUGUACAUUGUAUAGUACUUAGAAAGGUGUAAUGGCACAAUGUAAGUAUGACCAAUAUCUUUUUUGACACUUUGCCCUCACACUGUGUUUUUACACUGUCAUGUGAGUAAAUUUUACAUACUUACACUGUGUUGUUAAGUACUUCACUACUUUUCCAUUCGUGAAUUACCUGGUGAGAACACUGCAUUCAGGCCACUGUAAAGAAAAUCCUAACCUUUUGUAUUUUUGUCAUCGUGCAGUGUUAAAACCUUUACAUUCCUGCACCUUUUAGCUGUGAUUCACCCUUUUUCUAUAAAGGACACUUGUGCCCGGACAUACUGUAUUUAGUUUCUAAGUCAUUCCAACAAAUGUCAGUGUUCAUUAAGGAGAGGAAAAAGCUGUGUAUGUGUGUGCACGUGUGUGUGUGUCAUGGGCACAUUACUAAUCUGUCUUUCAUCAAGCUUCCUCCCAGCUCUUUAGAAAGCCUCAUUUUUAAGGUGGAAUUUAAGUGCUCCACUGAAUAGAAAAUACAUUCCACAGGUAUAUAUUAAAUGUAAUUAUUUAGAACGACAGCACAAACCAAAACAUAUAGUGAAAUGAAAUCUUUAUCAAAUUCUGAAUAUAUUAGAAUAUAUUAUGGCAAUAUACAAAAAAUAUUUUAGGUUAAAUUGAAAUAGAAUAUUUAUUUAUCAUAAUGACAGUUUAUCUUUUAAAAUAAUUUUGUGUGUUAACCCCAAAAGUAAUCUGUAACUCUCUGUUGGCUCCUUUACAUUCCACAGUUAGUUGUACUUUGAGUGUCAUGUCUUACAUCUGCCGCAGUGUUUACAUAUCAAAGUCCCUUCCAGCUCCAUGUCAGAGUCCAACACAGUUCUGGGGCAUUGCUAGUAAAAAGGAGUCAGGUAAGGUUAAAAAAUAAAAUAAAUAAUAAAAAAAAAAACAUUUGUGGGCUUUGGAUCCAACAAAAUGCAUCCCUUUUUUCCUUUUCUUUUUGUGAACAAGUGUUCAGAGAUGAGUUUUAGAAUAAUCCGGUCUUGUUUUCCUAUUUAGAUGUUAUGAUUAGAUCAAUGCUUGCAAACGUUGUCAUGUAAUAAUCCAGACGUCUGGAGAGGUUAUCUUGUUAUCUACAGUACAAAAAGAAAAAAAAAGAAAAACUCUAAGCACUGGUUUGCUUAAAGCAUGUCUCAUCUGGGUUUUUGAUACAAUGUGAUGCCAAUGGACAUGUAUCCUACACAAGAAAAAAAAAGCAAGUCAAACAGUAACUUCUCAAUAAACUGAAUGCAAUGCUCAAUAUUCAGCAAUACUGUGUAUAAAACAGAACUUCACUGGAGAGAUUUGGGUUUCCCAGCGAAGGCUGACCCAUCAGUGAAGCAACGACAGGCCAGCUGUAUUUUUAAGACAGCAACUUUUCAGUCCAUCCUCAUGGUACAAAAACUGCUCUGUGCUGAUUCAAUUAUUGCACACAAGGAAGAAAAAAAAAAGUUUGCCUGUCAACCAGGCAUUCACAGUGCCGGAUUUUAUUACGGUUUAGUUGCUUUCCCAAUAUCCAAAUGGCAGCUCCCUCAUGCAGUUCUGUUCAACUUUGUCUUACAGAUGUGAGAAAGAUGUCCAAUUUAAGCAGAUGUCUCAUGCCGAGAUAGCGAGGCAUGAAAGGAAAGCUCGGAAGCAUUUGCAUAAUCCGUGGACUAAGCCUUAAGACAGCACUGGUGAGAGCAGAGAGAGAUUGUGAGUUAUGAAGUAAUAUGUACAGUUUGCAAUGCAAAGUUUAGUUUUUAUCAACUAUCCAUUAUAAUCCAUGGCAAGGUAUUAGUUUCUAACUUUGGACCAAGUACAGAGAUUUAACCAUUCUUCGUAUGUGACAGUAUUGUUGUUGUUCCUUGAUAUCUUCUCUGUACUGAUGAUUUUGGAAUAGCAGCAAACUUCUCUCAGAGGACUUAACAUUGGAUUCAGAGUGAGAGACAUACUACUCUGUUUGUGAAACCUUGACUCCCCUCUUCCCAAUUGGAUUUGUUUGAAAUUGCGUACUGUGGUGUUUUGUUUCUUGUUUUUUCUUUUCCUGAUUUCAUAUAGCCUACUUUUUCUAAUCAUGAAUGUAAGAUGUGUGGAUUUUUAUAUAGCAUACUAAUUUAGGUGUCAAACAGAAUCUGUAAUUUUGUCAAAAAGAUCAGCUAUAUUUGUAAGCUGUAAUAUGUAAAAAUGAGAAAAAAAUGGUUAUCAAACAGAAUGUGCUGGUUUACUAUAGUAUAUAUAUACUGUACACUGAAAAAGAGAGACUAUCUCAAGCUGUUUGCCAAAUAAAAAGUAGUAGUGAUGUAAA